AUGUCUACCGUGCACAUCAGUACGUUCAGCUCUCGAAAUUCUAACCCCACAGCAAACAUCUCGCAAGCCACGAGCGAGGACCAGAUCGUGCGUCUGGCAGGCUCGUUUGGAACUUUGUCUUCUGUCUCGCUUCAGCAGGAAAAAUCAGACAACACCCAAAAAGCCAAAGUAGUGUUCCAGCAACGCGAGGACGCGCAAAAUUGCAUCGAAAAUCUACACGGCUACCGGCUGGACGACCACUACUUGAUGACGAGGGAUUAUCCCCGGAAUUAG